UUGCAUCCCAUUCAGUUUUCGGACUUUUCAUAGUGCUGUUACCCUUAAUUUAUUCAAUGCCAACCGAUAAUUCUAACAUUGCUACAACUGAGGCGCAUACUACAGAGUUUCCAUUAACAAGGUACGAGCAAGGAUUAGAAGAUUACGACGAAAUGAAACAAAGUGAAAGACAAGCAAGAGGUAUGAUGGACGCAGAUGAUGAGGAUUACAGUGCCGAUCAUCACCCACCCAUGAAGGAUCAAUCGAAAGCUACAGCUGUUGAUCCCUGGGCAAAUUAUUACGACUUCAUAAUUAACGAAGGAUCAUUUAAAUUCUGGGCAGUGUUCCAGUUGGGAACUGCUUUACUGCUCAUAUAUUCGGCAUUCGCUGCAGUAUAUUACGCAAAAUUUAACGUCUCCAGUACUGAUUAUGAUUACUAUUACGAUUUCUUCGCAAGAUCAAACAGUGGCAGAUCAGAUACUACAAGUUGGCUAGGGAUUUCCCCACAAACGUUUCAAAGGAUAAUAGACGCAAUAUCAUCAAAAAAGUACUCAUAAUGGUGGACCUAAAGUGCAAAAAUUUAAAUAAAACCUCUGCUCAA